AUGGCGACCGCCGGGAAGGUGAUCAAGUGCAAAGCGGCGGUGGCAUGGGAGGCCGGGAAGCCGCUGUCGAUCGAGGAGGUGGAGGUGGCGCCGCCGCAGGCCAUGGAGGUGCGCGUCAAGAUCCUCUACACCGCCCUCUGCCACACCGACGUCUACUUCUGGGAAGCCAAGGGGCAAACUCCGGUUUUCCCUAGGAUCUUGGGCCAUGAAGCUGGAGGCAUUGUUGAAAGUGUCGGAGAGGGUGUGACCGAGCUCGUGCCGGGCGACCAUGUACUCCCGGUCUUCACCGGCGAGUGCAAAGACUGUGCCCACUGCAAGUCAGAGGAGAGCAACCUUUGUGACCUCCUCAGGAUCAACGUGGAUCGUGGCGUGAUGAUCGGGGAUGGGCAGUCAGGCUUCACCAUCAACGGGAAACCCAUCUUCCACUUUGUCGGGACCUCCACCUUCAGUGAGUACACUGUGAUCCAUGUUGGUUGCCUCGCCAAGAUCAACCCCGAGGCGCCCCUUGACAAAGUUUGUGUUCUCAGCUGUGGCAUCUCAACUGGACUUGGUGCUACCCUUAAUGUCGCGAAACCGAAAAAGGGUUCGACGGUGGCCAUAUUCGGUCUUGGAGCUGUAGGCCUUGCUGCCAUGGAAGGGGCCAAGAUGUCUGGGGCAUCAAGGAUCAUUGGUGUGGAUUUGAACCCUGCAAAAUACGAACAAGCUAAGAAAUUUGGAUGCACCGACUUUGUGAACCCAAAGGACCACACCAAGCCAGUGCAAGAGUGCUUGUCGAGAUGA